GCUCAUACGCUCGCUCCACUUGCCAGUCGCCAUUAUCGAUUUGUGGCAGAGGAAAAAUAGAGAAUUAAAAAAUCGCGUUUCAGCGUUAGGCACCGGUUAGAGAGCGCAUAAAACGCGGCGUUAAAUUGUGUAGUGCUUGUGAAGUAGGGAACACUGAAUCUGUACCGUUUAUUUUUUCGUGGAGCUCGCGUAGCAGAAUUUUCCCGUUGGAAAUAUUCUCAAUCAAUCAAUACCUCUCUCUCUCUAGCCAGCCCCCAUACGUGUUUGUGUCUCUCUCACUCUCUCCCUCUCUGUAUCUGCGUGUGUGUCGGUGUGGUCUGCUCCUUGGGUGCAUAAUUAAAUUAAUCAAGUAAAUAAAAGCCAGCGUGCGGGUGCAGGAAGAGCGGACAACAACAACAGCUUCAUCAUGACCAUGGCAGGGCAAACGAUCAACGACAGGCUGCUGGCCGCCCGUCACAGCCUUGCGGGCCAAGGACUCGCCAAGUCCGUUUGCAAGGCCACCACGGAGGAAUGCAUUGGGCCGAAGAAGAAGCACUUGGACUAUUUGGUGCACUGCACAAACGAGCCGAAUGUGUCGAUACCUCAUCUGGCCAAUUUACUUAUCGAGCGUUCUCAGAACGCCAACUGGGUUGUCGUCUACAAGUCGCUGAUAACCACACAUCAUCUGAUGGCAUAUGGCAACGAGCGUUUUAUGCAAUAUCUGGCCUCUAGCAACUCUACAUUCAAUCUGAGCUCCUUUCUGGAUAAAGGAACUGUACAAGAUGGUGGCAUGGGCGUUCCGGGUGGCAGAAUGGGUUACGAUAUGUCGCCCUUUAUUCGGCGCUACGCCAAAUAUUUGAAUGAGAAGUCGCUCUCCUAUCGUGCCAUGGCCUUUGACUUCUGCAAAGUCAAGCGAGGCAAAGAGGAGGGGUCGCUGCGAAGCAUGAAUGCGGAAAAACUUCUGAAGACUUUGCCAGUUUUGCAGGCACAAUUGGAUGCACUUCUCGAGUUCGACUGCCAGUCCAACGAUUUGUCCAAUGGUGUCAUCAAUAUGAGCUUUAUGCUCUUGUUUCGCGAUCUCAUACGACUUUUUGCUUGCUACAAUGAUGGCAUCAUUAACUUGCUCGAGAAAUAUUUUGAUAUGAACAAAAAACAUGCGCGCGAUGCCUUGGACCUGUACAAGAAGUUCUUAGUGCGCAUGGACCGUGUUGGAGAGUUCUUAAAAGUGGCAGAGAAUGUGGGCAUUGACAAGGGUGAUAUUCCCGAUUUGACCAAGGCGCCCAGCUCGUUGUUAGAUGCUUUGGAGCAACACUUGGCCACACUGGAGGGUCGAAAAGUAUCUGCAGCUAAUACACCCACACAGUCAUCGAGCAAUCAGCGCAAUGUAAAAUCCGCUGUCUCUGCACUCUCUUCUACCAGCUCUGCAUUCGGUACUGCGGCUGCGUCUAGCAAAUUCGACAACACCAAUGGCAUUGACGAGCAGCUCAAGGCCCAGGUGCUGGCCGAGGAGGAGGCCGCCAUGAACCAGUACAAGUCCAAGGUAUCGUCGCCCACCAGCAGCGGGGCUGCUGGCGCUAGCGCUGCACUAACAAAUCCAUUUCUAUCGUCCCCGCCAGCCGCCCAGGCUGGUCAGCCGAUAGUUGAUCUGUUCGGUGCCGCGUCGGCGCAGCCCGCUGCUGCUGCAGCAGCCACCAAGGCCUCCGACGACCUGCUGCAGUUGGGCAAUCCCUUCGCCGACAUGUUUGAAGCCAGUGGCGGCGGAGCAGCCGCCGCAGGAGCCACAGGUGCUGCACUCAAUGCCAAUAAUUUGUGGAUGCAUAAUAAUGGUUUCAAUGGCGCUUCAGUUUCCUCCGCUGCUGCUACAAAUGCAUUCGUUUCCGAUAGUAAUUUCUCAUCCGUUUUUGGUAAUACGGAACCGGCAGCUUCGACGUCGUUGCCAAAUCCAUUUUUCGAUGAUAUGUCGUUGCCCCAAGCCCACCCCGCUGCUGCAUCUGUUGCUGCGCCCUUCGGCAACAAUUUCAAUUUCAUGGAUCAACAGCUGCAGCAACAACAGCAAGCGGCAUCUUAUGUGCAGCAGCAGCAGCAACAGCAAAUGCAACUACAGCAGCAGCAGCAACACCGGCAGCAGUUGCAGCAACAGCAAGCGAUAUUGCCAUCUUCCAUGCCAGCAGCUCAGUUUCCACCAGGCUUCGAUGCCUUGGGCGAUGUUCUCAAGCCGGCCUCCGCCAGCAGCAACAGCAAUCAAAUGAACGUUGUCGCCACAGGUUACUCCAGCAAUAGCAGUUCGAUCCUAGCGCUCCAACAGCAGCAGCACCACCAGCAGCACACGCAACAAAUGCAGCAGCAGCAGCAGCCACCGACUAGCACUGGGAAGAUAAUCACCGGCGACUUGGAUAGUUCACUAAUGUCCCUAGUUGAUAACUUAAAUAUUAACAAAACGGCAAGUGCAAAACCUGUGCAAUGGAAUUCACCUAAAAAUACAGCGAAACCAGGUGCUAAUUGGACACCCCAACCAAUGGCGGCUACUACUGGUGCUGGCUAUCGUCCAAUGGCACAUGGCAUGACCGUAAGUCCUGCGCCAAUCACAAUCAAUCAUCCGUAUAUACAUGCUAGUUAUCCUGUAAUGCCAAAUUAUAUGCAGGGAAUGCCGGUGAUGGGGCAGGCAGCAGCCCCUUUGACUGGGGCGCAACCGACGAUGAUGGCGGCGCCGCACAGUAAUGCGACUGGCAUCCUGCAACCAAUCCAGCCAACGCAGAACGGCAGCAAUAAAGGAGUCCCACUCGACCGAUUUGGUGCGUUAUAAGCGGUCCACAAGAAGCUCAUGCGUGCAACCCACUCACUCACUCAAUCUAAGCGCUCUAACCUCAUAGUCAGCAGACAUCAACCCAUACUCACAGACACGAAUGCGUAAUAAAAUAUUAAACGAAACAAUUAUUAUAUAUUAUAUGUGUACAUGUGCAAGUGAACAUUAAGAACUUGGAAAUUGCAUUAUAUAACACGUUUACACUACGCUACAGAAACAAUAUAUAAAGUUUAUGGAAACUGCAGAAAAUGCAAACACAAAAACCGAAGCAGAUAAGAAAAUUAUAUAAUAAUGUUGAACAUUGAGCAAACACGAAAACAAAUGCUAUAUACAUACAUAUAUAUAUAUUUAUAUUAUUACUAUUUAAAUGAAAAACAAAUAAGUUUGACUAUUUAUAUGUAUACACCAAUUUAUAUACUACGCUAAAACGAAUGAGGAAGUGCAGAAAGCAAAACGAAACAAUUUCCAUAAUAGCUAACGGAAAGUAACCUAUGUGAAAUAUACCUACGAACUCUAAGAUAAGUCUAUACAAACCUGUAGUUGUGUCCUACGCCAAUCACUAAACACACGUUGAAUUAUCUAGUGGAACUAUGUUAACUGUCUCAAACAUGAUCAAGCGUGAAACUGAUUCAGAAAUGAUAUUUUCAAACUCAGUCCAAGUGUUUGCACAGAUUAACGAAAUAAUUUGCAAUAUUUUAAUCCGUCUAUCAAUGUUUUUCUGUUACGUUUAGUCAAGUUUGGUGGCUAAAUACCUAUAUACAUAUGUUUUAAAUUGUUGUUAAGCAAAUUUUGAUUUGUUGAAGAGGAAAUAUUUGUAAAUGCAUUCCAAACUAGCUCCAAUUUUGUCCAAAUUUAAUUUGAGAAGAAGAAAAACAUUUGUAAUUAUUAAGUAUUAUUUAACAAAUUCAAACAACGCUGGUAUAAAAUGUGUUGAUCAUAUGUUUAAAUUCUAGAAAAACCGCAACGUUUAUUUAAUAUGUGUUAUACUUUAGUGCAUACGUUGUAUUAGACAUUUAUUUAAUUGCUUCUGAGCGAAACUACAAAACUGACAUCAUAUACGUAGUUCAUUCGACCAUAUAAAGCAUAAGACGUGUUUGUAGAUGUUUUCCUACAGCCCGACACGCUGAACUAUGUUUAAAUAAAAUUUAUAUAAAUUGUAUAAAAUAUUA